AGCGACUGGGGGCUGUCCGGGCCUCGGAGGCCCCGCCCUCGGGCUCUAGCUGGAGCUCUUACUCCUUCGCUCCUUCCGCAGCUCCAGAGGCUGAAGCCAAACUCAGCUUGCGCGCUGGAGUCUCCCGAGUCCUCCCUUGAGCAGGCGCCCGAACAGCUGAGCAGCGCUUCCGGGCUCUCGUUGCCCAGCCCCGCUCCGCCCCCCGAGCCCAGCGAACCACAGUUUCCUUUGGCCGAAGAAGCCCCCGGCCCGGAGGCCGCCAUGUCCGAUUUCCUGGUUUCGGCGCUGCUGGCGCCCUCGCGGGCUACGCUGAGGCUGAUUCGCUUCUUCAUGUGGCUCCUGGUGUACGCGGGCGCGUGCUUGGCUGCCCUCGUGUAUUUACUAAAGGCCCUGGGCCACGUGCUGCGGCACCCGAGGCGAGGCUGCUGCGGUCAGCCCCGACGCAAGGCCCCGUCGUGCCUUCAAGACCCCUGCUUCGGACAGCACCACUUCCUUCACCUCAAGACCUCUGGCUUGCGUCUGCAUUACGUCUCGAGGGGUGAAGGGCCACUGAUGCUGCUCCUCCAUGGCUUCCCUCAGAUCUGGAUUUCCUGGCGAUACCAGCUUAUGGAGUUCUACCAUGAUUUCCAUGUGGUAGCACUGGACUUGAGGGGCUACGGGAGCUCAGAUUCACCUACCAACCUUAACAGCUACACCAUUGAUGCCCUGACAACAGACAUCAAAGAUGCUAUUGAGGCCCUAGGUUACUCCAAAUGUGUCCUGGUGGCCCAUGACUGGGGUGGAAUCUUGGCCUGGAAUUUUGCCAUCUACUACCCGAGUUUGGUAGAGCGGCUAGUGGUGGUGAGCGCCGCCCCUAUGUUUGUUUACCAAGAGUAUGCUCUGCACCAUCCCAGCCAGCUCUUGCGCUCCGGUUAUGUAUUCCUGUUUCAGCUACCUUGGUUACCUGAGAAGCUGCUUUCUAUCUCUGAUUUUCAGAUCCUCAAGGACACCAUGACCCAUCCUAUGACCGGAAUCCAUGGCCUUACAGAUGAUGAGCUAGAGGCCUUCCUGUACAGCUUCACCCAGAACCAAGGCCUCACUGGCCCCCUCAACUACUACCGCAAUAUUUUCAGUCACUUUCCGCUACAGCGUCAGGAGCUGACAACGCCAACAUUGUUGUUAUGGGGGGAGAAAGACCCAUACCUGGAGAGUGGACUUGUGGAUAGUAUUAACAAAUACUUUGUGCCAGGCCGCCUGCUGUCCUAUGUCCUGCCUGAUGCUGGCCACUGGAUCCCCCAGGCCCAGCCAGAGCAGAUGCACCACUACAUGUGGGCCUUUUUAAAGAGGUUCAAGGUGUAGUCAUGACUCUUCCUCCAGAUAUGAACAUUCUGGCUUUCUGCUCCCACCAAAGCUCACUCAGGACUUGGGAAGAAAUGGAGUAGUACUUGAAACAAGCCAGCUUUUGACUGGAAUGUGGAAGCAUCCUCCCUCUCUAACUUCUCUAUGGUUUAUGCUCCUUUCCAUGUUUCCCCAUAGAUGCCCAAUGUAAUAAUCCCCACCCCUAGUACUUACUUACAUUGUCCUUCCUGUAUCCCCUCAAUUCCUGGCUGGCUGGCCCCAGUUGAGCCCCUAUUAAAUUCUGGAAGCUCUUCUCACUGCUACAGAGAAAGGAUCUCCUGUGGAAAGAAAGGGUCCACUGUAGCUGUGAUAAGUGCACAGAAAUAAAUCUCCUAUUCCCUGC